AUGACCUGCGAGUUGAGCGGGAGUCUUGAUGUGAAAGAUGGUGGGUGGGUGGAUGAUGAUGACUGGCUUCUUCCGAACGCCACCUUGCACCUGUAACGUUACGAUGUCCACCUUUUAAUGCCACACCACCACCAUAAUCGAUUUAGCCAUGAGUCAUAGUUCUAUUGCUGGAUGUGGGCUUUGAUGUAAUAUUUAUGUAUGCUUGAACAUGAAGAUCACCGUGCCAUUUCCCUCGGGCUGGGAUUGCAUUCCUAGGUGGGCCAAUAAUGACUUGGCUGAAAUCAUUGCUAGCUAUCUAUGACUCAGUUUAUGCAUGAGAUUCAGUGUCUGUCGAAAGUAUACAGCGCUCUAAAUAUAGACCUGACUACUUUCCAGCAUCUAUUGUAGGCCUUUGUUCUCUAAUGAUGGGAUAAGGUAUUACUUGUUGACAGAGGGCUCCAUGGUGCUUGUAUCACUAUUUUUGUAGAGGCAGAUGACAACCUAAUUUAGCAUACUAACCACACUUACAAUUGUGAUCACUUGUAGUCAGCCAAGUUACAUGCUAGAUGUAUGUAUUUUAUUAAUGGGACGUUUAGGCUUCAGCCUCUGCAUUAACAACCUUCUAGUCAUACCUGCUCCUCCUGCAUUUAUCACACACCCAACCCAGACAUGUUUUUAUCAACAAAUCUAACCAGUUCCAUUGUGCAAUAACGGAAAUUAUUACAUGUGGAAAUGUACAACUCAACCUGUUUCAUUGUGCAAUUACUGUUAUUAUUAUCGAGAACCUGUCGGGACACUAUACCUGUAAUAACCCAGUCAGAGACAGAUUUUGAGAUGGACUAGCGCUAGUUGAUCUGUUUCAAUGGCUAUUUACAAAUCUCUGUGGGAAAUGUAUAUUCCUUAUCCAUUAUAAAAUAUAAUACUGUAGUAGUAUUUCCCCUGCCUUGACCUAGUGUAUGAUGUUGUUUGAACUUUGAUGUUAACAGCUGUUGAGGGCGGCAGGUAGCCUAGAGGUUACAGCGUUGGGCCAGUAACCGACAAGGUGAAAAAGCUGUCAAUGUGCCCUUGAGCAAGGCACUUAACCCUAAUUGCUCCAGUGUUGCUGCUGUUAAUGGCAGACCCUGGCCUUGACCCCACUCUGAGGGUUUCUCGGGGGGAUUUGGGAUAUGCAAAAAACACAUUUCCAAUAGGACAAAUAUAAGCACCCAAAUAAUAAUUAUUUAUUAUCUUGAGCUAUGCUUCAGUGCCUGAGGCUUCUCUCUUAACAAGUGUAUUAUCAAGAGGCUCUGGAAGUACAGUGAUAGGUCUCCAGGGACUCCUGAGGACAUUGUCUUUCAUUUUGACUGUGUUGCCAGUCCAUGUAGUAUCAGAUGUUAUCAAUGAGCUUAAUGCACAAGAUGGGACCAAGACAGGUCAUGUUGUGUCUGUCUAUACACAUAAUUUCUCACGCCAAUGGUCAGGUCACAGGCUUCCCCCUCACUUCUAAACUCCUUUUUCUGUCAGAUUUGUAACAUAACCAGUCAUGCAAUAUCUCGAUCAGUAACUGUCAUUCUGCUAUUCAGGAGCUGGAGGUGGGAGCAAUGACGUGCAGUGGUGCUUCUCACAGGUGAAGGGGGCCAUUGAUGACGACGUUGCCGAAGGUAAGAGCUCUUCACAGGUCAUAGACAUUGGUACAGUGGCAGAAUCAUCAUGCUUCCUAGUAGUUGUUCAUAUUUCACAAUAAAUUAUGUUGUGCUGGAUAAAUCGUACUCAAUGCGACACGCUCUUCCAGUUAUCUUGCAUUCCCCGGCGGUCACCCAUGACUCCUCAUCUCCCUAAAUGUUACACUGCUAGCCUCCCAGACAGUCCAAUGCUAUGUAAGAGUGACUGCAAAGUCGAUUUCUGACACACAAUGGCUUGCUUGCUGCUUUCUCUUGUUGGCUUUUGUCCUGUGGCCUCACACUCAUGCUGACACAGUCUGUGUGAACAUCCAGUAUGGUGCACUGUACGCUAGGGCUGGAAAUUGCCAGGGACCUUACGAUACGAUAUCACGAUACUUAGGUGCCGAUACGAUAUGUAUUGUGAUUCUCACGAUUCUAUAUAUAUUGCGAUUCGAUACUGUGAUUUCUAUUGCGAUUCGAUGUUCCAAACAUAUUGCUCACCAUAUGUCUGCUGCAGAGGGACAAGAGAGAGCCUUGAGAAAAUGAGUUUUGAUCAGUCAUGGAAAUGUGCAGAGAACAAAUUGGCUCCCUAUUUCAAAAGAAGAUGGAGAAAAAGCUAUGAAGGAAAAGUACUGGAGUUUUGGUUCAGGCACAGCCAAGUAGCGCAAAAAUAAUAUUAUGACAUUGUCAAAACGAUACGAUAUACUGUCAAAAAUAAUAACCCGAUAUAGAUGCCCCCCCCCCAUCACUACUGAAUGCCAUGUUCCCAAGCAAUCGAUCCUAGAUCAGUCUAAAGAUACACAGAAGGAGAACUGAGUCACCAUGUGCUCUGCUCCUGAUUAUAGGUCAAUCUCUUAAGGAUUUAGGAAGUGUGUGUCACUGCGUAGGCUGAUACUGGGCAUAUGAAUGUAUAGCAGGGAUCAACAACUAGAUUAGCCGCAGGGCUGUUUUCUUUUUUUUUCUUGACUGAAUGGUCAAGACCACAAAUUGACCGCAAGAAGCCCAAACAGAUAUAUUUGACUAAAACAUAAUCUUUUCAAACCUUAAGUUUUUAUAUGAUCACAUAUAUCUCUAUUAGGUGUGGGAAUAGUUUGGAACAGAUUUCCAAUUAAAAUCAUUGGAGCUGAUUUGCUGGUGUUUUUAUAGUCUACGUUCAACAACAAGAAAACAACAUUCUCAAAUGUGGGGGGCCAAAUAAAAUCACUGGUGGCGUUAUCGCAAUACUUGGGUGUCUAUGUAUUCUGAUUUGAUAUUCCAAACAUUGCUCACCAUGUCUACUGCAGAGGAACCAGAGUGCCAUGAGAAAAUAAGUUUUGGUCAGUUAUGGAAAUAAAAGUGCUGAAAACAUGUUGUUGGGGGGUCAGGACAUUGACAACGUGGCGUGUCCAUGCCCUCCUUACACAUGAUACACACACUCACUUACAUACCCCCACCCUUGGCCCCAGGGUGUUAAGCUCAGUCUAUGGCCUCCUGCUGCAACCUUUCUCAGCAUUGUCUUUCUGCUCGAAUGGGCAACAGUGUGUGUCAGCCUCUGUCUAAAAAGCCUCCAUACUGUUGUUGGGGGAAUGUGCUGGUGCAUGUAGGAACUUGGUUACUGAUCAUUGUGUGUCUGCUUUGGAUGUAAUCACAUUCUAAGACUCCAGCUCUUGGAUAGAAGAUAGACCUCUAAACAAAUCCAGUGCUAGUAAUGUUCAUAUGCUAAUUGCAGUCUCAUGGAUACAACCACCUGCAAUUCCUCUCUGAAUACCUUUUGUGUUGGGUAGAAAGAAAUAACUAACUAAUUUGAUUUUCUUGAAUGAUCUAUAUACCUGUUUUGUGUUCAGCCGACAUCAUAUCUACUGUGGAGUUCAACCACUCAGGGGAGCUGCUAGCCACAGGAGACAAGGGUGGCAGGGUCGUCAUCUUUCAGCAGGAAAUAGAGGUAUGACUGUCUGGAAGUUUGGAGUUUAAAUUCCAAUUUGCUUUUGAAUGGAAAGGAGGUGAUUGUGGAAAACGAAUAAAGCAAACAUUUUCUACCCUUCCUUCUGCUGCCUCCUCCAUCCCUUACUCCGUCUCCUUUUUCCCUCUCUUCAUCUUUUCCCUCUCUCUCCCCCAACAGAAUAAGAGUCAGCCACAGUGCCGUAGUGAGUACAAUGUUUACAGCACUUUCCAGAGCCAUGAGCCCGAGUUUGACUACUUGAAGAGUUUAGAGAUCGAGGAGAAGAUCAACAAAAUCCGCUGGCUGCCCCAGAAGAACGCAGCUCAGUUCCUGUUGUCCACUAACGGUCAGUCGGUUUCCAAUCUCUGGUGAACUUUUAUGCAUGCCAUCACAUCACUGAGCUUUGUUUAGCUGUUAAAUGUUUUUAUCUAGUCCUGUGUUCUGAUUGGCAGACAAAACCAUAAAGUUGUGGAAGAUCAGUGAACGAGACAAGAGACCAGAGGGCUACAACCUGAAAGAGGAGGAUGGACGCUACAUAGACCCCAACACUGUCACUGCACUUCGGGUAAGUGCUUAGCUGAUUACAUGCCAGGGGCUAAAGUUGGGUCCCUGUGUUCUGCCCAUCAUGUGAGAUUUUGCGAUUUUUGUUAUGUAUUUUAAGCUUUCUCUAGAAAUGAGAAUUGCACCAACAACAAAAAAAUAUUCUGAGGAUGGUGCUGGACCAGCUGAUAUAAAAAGAAAGGGGGACAGUUUGAUAAAAUCCAUGCAUGCCAAAUGAUUGCUAAAGAAAAACAGGCCCUAGCUAUAGUAUGGAGAAACACUAGUCACUGUGUGGGUGUAGCCUAUACCCUUAGAGCCUCACCCGCUGACUACCCUCUGUACCCUUGCAGGUGCCUGUGUUUAGACCCAUGGACCUCAUGGUGGAGGCGAGCCCUCGAAGGGUGUUUGCCAACGCCCACACUUAUCACAUCAACUCCAUCUCAAUAAACAGUGACCAUGAGACAUAUCUAUCCGCAGACGACCUGCGCAUCAACCUCUGGCACCAGGAGAUCACCGACCGCAGCUUCAGUAUCCUUGUCCAGCUGUUAAUUAUAGGAUGGUUGAGGGAAGGGACAAAGGAGGGGGGUGUGUGUGUUUACCCCCAGUGUGCUAGUCCCCCUUGACUCUAGCCCCUCCCAGACAUUGUGGAUAUAAAGCCAGUCAACAUGGAGGAGCUGACAGAGGUGAUUACAGCAGCAGAGUUCCAUCCACACCAGUGCAACACCUUCGUCUACAGCAGCAGUAAGGGCACCAUCCGACUCUGUGACAUGAGGGCAUCAGCGCUAUGUGACACGCACUCCAAAUGUGAGUACCUAGUGGCCAUGGCAACAACCUCUGUAUAAGGGGCUUUCACGUUUAACCAUUAGAAAAUGGCUUGAAUGAAUUCACAUCGCUGCAUAGGAGAAAUGUGGGAAUAUUUAUUUAUUUAACCAGGUAAGCCAGUUGAGAACAAGUUCUCAUUUACAACUGCGACCUGGCCAAGAUAAAGCAAAGCAGUGCGAUAAAAACAACAACACAGAGUUACAUAUGGGGUAAACAAAGUCAAAAAUACAAUAGAAAAUAUAUAUACAGUGUGUGUGAAUGUAGUAAAUUAUGGAGGUAUGGCAAUAAAUAGGCCACAGUGCAAAAUUGUUACAAUUUUGUAUUAACACUGGAAUGAUAGAUGUGCAAAAGAUGAUGUGCAAAUAGAGAUACUGGGGUGCAAAUUAGCAAAAUAAAUAACAAUAUGGGGAUGAGGCAGUUGGAUGGGCUAAUUACAGAUGGGCUGUGUACAGGUGCAGUGAUCGGUAAGCUGCUCUGACAACUGACGCCUAUAGUUAGUGAGGGAGAUAAGUGUCUCCAGCUUCAGAGAUCUUUGCAGUUCGUUCCAGUCAUGGCAGCAGAGAACUGGAAGGAAUGGCGGCCAAAGGAGGUGUUGGCUUUGGGGAUGACCAGUGAGAUAUACAGUGGGGGAAAAAGUAUUUAGUCAGCCACCAAUUGUGCAAGUUCUCCCACUUAAAAAGAUGAGAGGCCUGUAAUUUUCAUCAUAGGUACACGUCAACUAUGACAGACAAAUUGAGGGGAAAAAAUCCAGAAAAUCACAUUGUAGGAUUUUUUAAUGAAUUUAUUUGCAAAUUAUGGUGGAAAAUAAGUAUUUGGUCACCUACAAACAAGCAAGAUUUCUGGCUCUCACAGACCUGUAACUUCAUCUUUAAGAGGCUCCUCUGUCCUCCACUCGUUACCUGUAUUAAUGGCACCUGUUUGAACUUGUUAUCAGUAUAAAAGACACCUGUCCACAACCUCAAACAGUCACACUCCAAACUCCACUAUGGCCAAGACCAAAGAGCUGUCAAAGGACACCAGAAACAAAAUUGUAGACCUACACCAGGCUGGGAAGACUGAAUCUGCAAUAGGUAAGCAGCUUGGUUUGAAGAAAUCAACUGUGGGAGCAAUUAUUAGGAAAUGGAAGACGUACAAGACCACUGAUAAUCUCCCUCGAUCUGGGGCUCCACGUGGGGUCAAAAUGAUCACAAGAACGGUGAGCAAAAAUCCCAGAACCACACGGGGGGACCUAGUGAAUGACCUGCAGAGAGCUGGGACCAAAGUAACAAAGCCUACCAUCAGUAACACACUACGCCGCCAGGGACUCAAAUCCUGCAGUGCCAGACGUGUCCCCCUGCUUAAGCCAGUACAUGUCCAGGCCCGUCUGAAGUUUGCUAGAGUGCAUUUGGAUGAUCCAGAAGAGGAUUGGGAGAAUGUCAUAUGGUCAGAUGAAACCAAAAUAGAACUUUUUGGUAAAAACUCAACUCGUCGUGUUUGGAGGACAAAGAAUGCUGAGUUGCAUCCAAAGAACACCAUACCUACUGUGAAGCAUGGGGGUGGAAACAUCAUGCUUUGGGGCUGUUUUUCCGUGUAAAGGAAAGAAUGAAUGGGGCCAUGUAUCGUGAGAUUUUGAGUGAAAACCUCCUUCCAUCAGCAAGGGCAUUGAAGAUGAAACGUGGCUGGGUCUUUCAGCAUGACAAUGAUCCCAAACACACCGCCCGGGCAACGAAGGAGUGGCUUCGUAAGAAGCAUUUCAAGGUCCUGGAGUGGCCUAGCCAGUCUCCAGAUCUCAACCCCAUAGAAAAUCUUUGGAGGGAGUUGAAAGUCCGUGUUGCCCAGCGACAGCCCCAAAACAUCACUGCUCUAGAGGAGAUCUAUAUGGAGGAAUGGGCCAAAAUACCAGCAACAGUGUGUGAAAACCUUGUGAAGACUUACAGAAAACGUUUGACCUGUGUCAUUGCCAACAAAGGGUAUAUAACAAAGUAUUGAGAAACUUAUGUUAUUGACCAAAUACUUAUUUUCCACCAUAAUUUGCAAAUAAAUUCAUUAAAAAUCCUACAAUGCGAUUUUCUGGAUUUUUUUUUCUUCUCAUUUUGUCUGUCAUAGUUGACGUGUACCUAUGAUGAAAAUUACAGGCCUCUCUCGUCUUUUUAAGUGGGAGAACUUGCACAAUUGGUGGCUGACUAAAUACUUUUUUUCCCACUGUACCUGCUGGAGCGCAGACUACGGGUGGGUGUUGCUAUGGUGACCAGUGAGCUAAGAUAAGACGGGGAUUUGCCUAGCAGUGAUUUAUAGAUGACCUGGAGCCAGUGGGUUUGGCGACGAAUAUGUAGUGAGGGCUAGCCAACAAGAGCGUACAGGUCACAAUGGUGGGUAGUAUAUGGGGCUUUGGUGACAAAACGGAUGGCACUGUGAUAGACUACAUCCAAUUUGCUGAGUAGCGUGUUGGAGGCUAUUUUGUAAAUUACAUCACCGAAGUCAAGGAUCGGUAGGAUAGUCAGUUUUACGAGGGCAUGUUUGGCAGCAUGAGUGAAGGAGGCUUUGUUGCGAAAUAAGAAGCCGAUUCUAGAUUUAACUUUUGGAUUGGAGAUGCUUAAUGUGAGUCUGGAAGGAGAGUUUACAGUCUAACCAGACACCUAGGUAUUUGUAGUUGUCCACAUACUCUAGGUCAGACCCGCCGAGAGUAGUGAUUCUAGUCGGGUGGGCGGGUGCAAGCAGCGUUCGGUUGAAGAGCAUGCGUUUAGUUUUACUAGUGUUUAAGAGCAGUUGGAGGCCACGGAAGGAGUGUUGUAUGGCAUUAAAGCUCGUUUGGAGGUUUGUUAACGGUGUCCAAUGAAGGGCCAGAUGUAUACAAAAUGGUGUCAUCCGCAUAGAGGUGGAUCCGAGCGUCACCAGCAGCAAGAGCGACAUCAUUGAUAUACACGGAGAAAAGAGUCGGCCCGAGAAUUGAACCCUGUGGCACCCACAUAGAGACUGCCAGAGGUCCAGACAACAGGCCCUCCGUUUUGACACAUUGAACUCUAUCUGAGAAGUAGUUGGUGAACCAGGCGAGGCAGUCAUUUGAGAAACCAAGGCUAUUUAGUCUGCCAAUAAGAAUGCGGUGGUUGAGAGUCGAAAGCCUUGGCCAGGUCGAUGAAGACGGCUGCGCAGUACUGUCUUUUAUCGAUCGCGGUUAUAAUAUUGUUUAGGACCUUGAGCGUGGCUGAGGUGCACCUAUGACCAGCUCGGAAACAGGAUUGCAUAGCGGAGAAGGUACGGUGGGAUUCGAAAUGGUCGGUGAUCAGUUUGUUAACUUUGCUUUCAAAUACUGACCGUGGCAGCUUUCCAAUCUCUGGGGAUCUCAGACGUUACGAAAGAGAGGGGGGGGGGGGGGCAUGGGCAAGUUGCAGCGGAGGGUGCAGAGCUGGUGGCCGGGGAAGGGGUAGCCAGGUGGAAAGCAUGGCCAGCCGUAGCAAAAUGCUUGUUGAAAUUCUCGAUUAUUGUAGAUUUAUCGGUGGUGACAGUGUUUCCUAGCCUCAGUGAAGUGGGCAGUUGGGAGGAGGUGCUCUUAUUCUCCAUGGACUUUACAGUGUCCCAAAACUUUUUGGAGUUAGUGCUACAGGAUGCACAUUUCUGUUGGAAAAAGCUAGCCUUUGCUUUCCUAACUGAUUGUGUAUAUUGGUUCCUGACUUCCCUGAAAAGUUGCAUAUCGCGGGGGCUGUUCGAUGCUAAUGCAGUACGCCACAGGAUGUUUUUGUGCUGGUCAAGGUGCAGUCAAGUCUGAGGAGAACCAGGGGCUAUAUCUGUUCUUAGUUCUGAUUUUUUUUUGAAUGGGGCAUGCUUAUGUAAGAUUGAGAGGAAAGCACUUUUUAAAGAACAACCAGGCAUCCUCUACUGAUGGAAUGAGGUCAAUAUCCAUCCAGGAUACCCGGGCCAGGUCAAUUAGAAAGGCCUGCUCGCUAAAGUGUUUUAGGGAGUGUUUGACAGUGAUGAGGGGUGGUCGUUUGACCGUGGCCCCAGUACGGACGCAGGCAAUAAGGCAGUGAUCGCUGAGAUCCUGGUUGAAGACAGCGGAGGUGUAUUUGGAGGGUAAAUUUGUCAGGAUGAUAUCUGAGGGUGCCCUUGUUUACGGAUUUAUGGUUGUACCUGGUAGGUUCGUUGAUAAUUUGUGUGAGAUUGAGGGCAUCUAGUUUAGAUUGCAGGUUGGCCGGGAUGUUAAGCAUAUCCCAGUUUAGGUCACCAAGCAGUACGAACUCUGAGGAUAGAUGGGGGGCAAUCAGUUCACAUAUGGUGUCCAGGGCACAGCUCGGGGCUGAGGGGGGUCUGUAGCAAGUGGCAACAGUGAGACUUAUUUCUGGAAAGGUGGAUUUUUUUGAAGUAGAAGCUCAAACUGUUUGUGCACAGACCUGGAUAGUAUAAUAGAGCUAUGCAGGCUAUCUCUACAGUAGAUUGCAACCCCACCCUCUUUGGCAGUUCUAUCGAGAUGGAAAAUGUUGUACUUGGGGAUGGACAUUUCUGAAUUUUUGAUGGCCUUCCUAAGCCAGGGUUCAGACACUACUAGAACAUCAGGGUUGGCGGAGUGUGCUAACGCAGUGAAUAACUCAAACUUAGGGAGGAGGCUUCGGAUGUUAACGUGCAAGAAACCAGGCUUUUACGGUUACAGAAGUUAACAAAUGAUAACGCCUGGGGAGUAGGAGUGAUACUGGGGGCUACAGGGCCUCGGUUAACCUCUACAUCACCAGAGGAACAGAGGAGGAGUAGAAUAAGGAUACGGCUAAAGGCUUUAAGAACUGGUCUUCUAGUGCGUUGGGUACAGAGAAAAAAAGGGGCAGAUUUCCGGGCGUUGUAGAAUAGAUUCAGUGCAUUAUGUAUAGGGAAGGAUAUGAGUACAGUGGAGUUGAACCUAAGCGUUGGGUAACGAUGAAAGAGAGAGCAUCACUGGAGGUACCGAUUGAGCCGGUCUCCGCGUGUAUGGGGGGGUGGGACAAAGGAGCUAUCUAAGGCAGGUUGAGCUGGGCUGGGGGCUCUACAGUGAAAUAGUACAAUAAGAAAUAACCAAAACAGCAAUAAGCAAGGCAUAUUGACAUGGGAGAGAGGCAUAAAGCAAUCACAGGUGUUAUUCGAGAGAGCUAAGACAACAGCUGGUAAUGGCGACAAAGUUUGGGCUGAGGCUACACAUAAACAGGAUGCGGUACCGUAUAAAGGAACAGUCCAGCAGGCAUCAGCUGUAUAGCUGAAUUAUCAUAAGGUCCGGUAAACAGCAAUAGGAGAGUUCGGAGGUAGUUCGGGGCUGCUACAGCACUGGCGAGAGCCCGGCUUGCGUGUGCUAGCGGGCCCGGGCUAGCAGAUGGAUCUUCGUGGUCGACGUCGUAACGGGAAGCCGGUAGAAACCAAAUCAGACGAUUUCGUCGGCAAACCAGUCAUGUUGGAUCGGCGGGGCUCCGUGUCAACACAAGGAGGUCCCGUCCAGUUGACAGAGAGCCUGGAGAUGGGCCUGGCUCGAGGCUAGCUCAAGGCUAACUGGUGCUUGCUAAGGGCAAUGGUAAUUAACCAAUGACAACAGCCAUUUGGUUGCAGCUAGCUGGUUGCGAUGAUCCGGCGCUAGUGUCCAGUGAUUCCGGCAGAAAAUCCGAUAUGCUCUGGGUCGAUAGCAUGCUGUACAGACUAGCCGACAAAUUGUCCAGCCUAGAGCUAGAGCUGGCUGGUGGGUAGUGCAGGCCACGGACAAUGGUGAAGACGCUAAUGGUGGCUAAUAGCAAGUAUCCAUUCGGUUGCAGCUAGACUAGUUCAGCUUAAGGUUCUUGAUAAAAGUUAUAAAGAAAUAAUAGAAUCCUUUCCACGUUGAGUGAGGCGGGUUGCAGGAAAGUAUAUUUAGUUAAAGAAUGAAAAGUAAAAUUGAGAAAUAUAUACAAAAUAGACAAAAACUGGCAAUUUGCACAAGGACACAGAAAAAAACAUAGCCGCACUGCUACGCCAUCUUGGAAUCAUAGGGUAUAAUAUCUUGUUUUCACAUUAGGAUGGGGGGAAAGGCUAACUAGCACAGCAACAUGCACUUUAUUAUCUCUAAUAGCAGUUGGUGAACUAACUUGACCUCUCCCUCUCCAGUGUUCGAGGAGCCGGAGGACCCCAGUAACCGCUCCUUUUUCUCUGAGAUAAUCUCGUCCAUCUCGGACGUCAAGUUCAGCCACAACGGGCGCUACAUGAUGACCCGGGACUACCUGUCUGUCAAGAUUUGGGACCUGAACAUGGAGAACAGGGUUGUGGAGACGUACCAGGUGAGACUGGCAGUGGGAGUGUGGGGACUUGAGGUUUGAGAAAGUCAACAGGCUGUUGUUUUAGUGCACUUUUUUAUCAGGGACUGGUCACACCUAAUUUCUUGCAUGUAGUUUCAGAUAAUGUCCACUAGGGGGACUCUAAGACUAUGUUCUUGCCAAACUGCUGCACUUUCACACCCUGAAAUGAGAAGCCAAACAAUUAUUUGGUAUUUUAUUAGGAUCCCCAUUAGUUGUUGCAAAAGCAGCAGCUACUCUUCCUGGGGUCCACACAAAACAUGAAACAUGACAUAAUACAGAACAGUAAUAGACAAGAACAGCUCAAGGACAGAACUACAUAAAAAAAAAAAUUUAAAGGCACACGUAGCCUACAUACAGUUGAAGUCGGAAGUUUACAUACACUUAGGUUGGAGUCAUUAAAACUCGUUUUUUUUUUCAACAACUCCACUAAUUUCUUGUUAACAAAUUAUUAUAGUUUUGGCAAGUCGGUUAGGACAUCUACUUUGUGCGUGACACAAGUCAUUUUUCCAACAAUUGUUUACAGACAGAUUAUUUCACUUAUAAUUCACUGUAUCACAAUUCCAUUUGGUCAGAAGUUUACAUACACUAAGUUGACUGUGCCUUUAAACAGCUUGGGAAAUUCCAGAAAAUGAUGUCAUGGCUUUAGAAGCUUCUGAUAGGCUAAUUGACAUAAUUUGAGUCAAUUGGAGGUGUACCUGUGGAUGUAUUUCAAGGCCUACCUUCAAACUCAGUGCCUCUUUGCUUGACAUCAUGGGAAAAUCCAAAGAAAUCAGCCAAGACCUCAGGAAAAAAAAUGGUUGACCUCCACAAGUCUGGUUCAUCCUUGGGAGCGAUUUCCAAACGCCUGAAGGUACCACAUUCAUCUGUACAAACAAUAGUACGCAAGUAUAAACACUAUGGGACCCCGCAGCCGUCAUACCGCUCAGGAAGGAGACUUGUUCUGUCUCCUAGAGAUGAACGUACUUUGGUGCGAAAAGUGCAAAUCAAUCCCAGAACAACAGCAAAGGACCUUGUGAAGAUGCUGGAGGAAACCGGUACAAAGGCCACUCAGCAAGGAAGAAGCCACUGCUCCAAAACCGCCAUAAAAAAGCCAGACUACGGUUUGCAUCUGCACAUAGGGACAAAGAUUGUACUUUUUGGAGAAAUUUCCUCUGGUCUGAUGAAACAAAAAUAGAACUGUUUGGGCAUAAUGACCAUCGUUAUGUUUGGAGGAAAAACGGGGACCUUGCAAGCCGAAAAACCCCAUCCCAACCGUGAAGCACGGGGGUGGCAGCAUCAUGCUGUGGGGGUGCUUUGCUGCAGGAGGGACUGGAAGCAACAUAUCAAGACAUCAGUCAGGAAGUUAAAGCUUGGUCGCAAAUGGGUCUUCCAAAUGGACAAUGACCCCAAGCAUACAUCCAAAGUUGUGGCAAAAUGGCUUAAGGACAACAAAGUCAAGGUAUUGGAGUGGCCAUCACAAAGCCCUGACCUCAAUCCUAUAGAAAAUGUGUGGGCAGAACUGAAAAAGCGUGUGCGAGCAAGGAGGCCUACGCAAACCUGAUUCAGUUAAACCAGCUCUGUCAGGAGGAAUGGGUCCAAAUUCACCUAAGUUAUUGUGGGAAGCUUGUGGAAGGCUACCAGAAACGUUUGACCCAAGUUAAACAAUUUAAAGGCAAUGCUACCAAAUACUAAUUGAGUGUAUGUAAACUUCUGACCCACUAGGAAUGUGAUGAAAUAAAUAAAAGCUGAAAUAAAUCAUUCUCUCUACUAUUAUUCUGACAUUUCAAAUUCAUAAAAUAAAGCAGUGAUCCUAACUGACCUAAGACAGGGAAUUUUUACUAGGAUUAAAUGUCAGGAAUUGUGAAACUGAGUUUACAUGUAUUUGGCUAAGGUGUAUAUAAACUUCAGACUUCAACUGUAUCAAUACAUGCACACAAACUAUCUAGGUCAAAUAGGGGAGAGGCGUUGUGCCGUGAGGUGUUGCUUUAUCUGUUUUUUUAAACCAGGUUUGUUUAUUUAAGCAAUAUGAGUUCCAUGCAAUAAUGGCUCUAUAUAAUACUGUACAGUUUCUUGAAUUUGUUCUGGAUUUGGGUACUGUGAAAAGACCCCUUAGUGGCAUGUCUGGUGGGGUAAGUGUGUGUGUCAGAGCUGUGUGUAAGUUGACUUUGCAAACAAUUUGGGAUUUUCAGCACAUUGUUUCUUAUAAAAAGAAGUGAUGUAGCCAGUCUCUCCUCAACUCUUAGCCAAGAGAGACUGGCAUGCAUAGUAUUUAUAUCAGCCCUCUGAUUACAAUGAAGAGCAAGACGUGCCGCUCUGUUUUGGGCCAGCUGCAGCUUAACUAGGUCUAGUUUUUCUUUGAACUUAUGUUGUAAGCAAUUUCGAUCAUCUUACCCUCAUUCGGAAUAUUUGACUCAAAAUGACUCAUAAAUACAGAUUUGACCCCUGAACUGAGGUUAGUAUGUGGCUCCAUGUUGAUUACCUCUGACCUGUCUCCCUCAUGGCAGGUUCACGAGUACCUCAGGAGUAAGCUGUGCUCGCUCUAUGAAAACGACUGCAUCUUCGACAAGUUUGAGUGCUGCUGGAACGGAAAUGACAGGUUAACAUUGCCAAGUUCUCAAAUUGUAUUCAUAAAUAAAAAUAACAAGCCCUAGGUUCUUAAUUUCCUUGUUUUAAUCCUCUCCCUCAUUUUCCUUCCCAGUGUGGUGAUGACGGGCUCGUACAACAACUUCUUCCGGAUGUUUGACCGGGGCCAGCGGUGGGACGUGACCCUGGAGGCGUCCCGGGAGGGCAGUAAGCCACGGCAGGUCCUGAAGCCCCGCAAGGUGUGUGCCGGCGGGAAGCGGAAGAAGGACGAGAUCAGCGUAGACAGCCUGGACUUCAACAAGAAAAUCCUCCACACCGCCUGGCACCCCCAGGACAACAUCAUUGCCGUGGCAACCACCAACAACCUCUACAUAUUCCAGGACAAAGUGAACUAG